AUGAAAACUACAAGUGUUUAUGGUGAACAUUUUAUGGAGCUUGUUUUCAAUGAUCCAAAAUUCUUCGAGUUUUAUUUCCAUGAUCAAAUUGCUCUACAUCUAAUAGAGAGAAAUAUUCAUCUUUCGCCAAAAUUUGCUUUUGAUCUUCUGGCAAGUAAUCCAACUCGCUCAUUUGAGCAAAAUGUGCGAUUAUUCCUUGUGGAAUAUGUUGAAUUCACAGAAAUUCUUCGCUUAUUUGAAAUUAGUUUACAACUGAUUACUGAAGAAGAAAUUCGUAGUGAAAUUCAAAAGCAAUUGAUCGAAAAUCCUCCUGACAAAAUCAAACUUUCGAAGUUUUAUUCACUUGUUAUAGCCAAUGAACAAUUCUAUCAGCUUCCACCUCGAACAACAACAAUUGAGGAUAAAUGGAUGUUUAAAUGUAAAGGAAAUCCGAUGAUUGAAACUAGUUUAAUGAAUUUGGUUGAAUUGAUACUUUCAUCAUCAAUUAUUGAUCGUACAAAAAGCAUUCAACAAGUCACAACAACCUACAGUUUAAUAGCACAAGGUAUUCGUGAUUUACCAUCGUAUUGGGUCAGUAAUCUUGAGAAACUUCGUUCAUUCAUUAGUCUUAUUCGUUGUCUUAAUACUUUGCUUCCUGAAAAAGCUCUUGAUGUUUUCAAAACUGUAUGUAAGCAAGGAUUUGAUGCCACAUUUGAUUCAUGUCAAUCAAUUCAUCAAUUUAUAACUAAUUUACGAGACAUGAUUAAAGAAGAACGAAUAAUCGCAAAUGAAAAUAUUCUUCAUCGAACAUUGAUUAAACUUGAAGUUGAAUUUUUGAAAGAUUGGUUAACUGAUAAUGGUGAUUCAUAUGGCGAAAUUUUGCUUUUAAUGAAUAAAAAUGAUAAUGAUCUAUGGUAUUAUUCAGCUAAAAUCUUCACAUAUAUUGAUCGAAAACUUGAUUUACUUUCAACAUUAAAAGAGAAUUAUGGAAAUCUACCUUUAACUGAAGAAUAUGAACAAUUUAAUCAUUGCCUAGAAUUAGCAAAUAAUGUGACAUGUAAAGUAGAACGACUGAUGGUAAAUAGGCUUCAUAUGCACUUAAUGCGUGAUGCUAGCGGCGAUGAAAUCGAUCAACAACUAACUGAGCAUUACAUACAUAUUGAACAGAAUUUGCGUGAAAUUCAAAAUAUAGAAAAAGUAGAUAGUAUAAAAUUGAUUUCAAUGCUUGCUUGGCUUAAAUAUUACGCUCAGAUAUAUGCAUUUGCUUUGAAUGCUGAUAGUCGACAAGUUGUUCUUCCCAAAAUCGAUCAACUAUUGAUAAACAUUAAUACUCCAUUUUGUUCAACUUUGAAAUUGUUCAUUUUUAAACAAAUUCUACAAAUAUCAGGAAUGAGUCUAAAUGAUAUGCGCGAGCUCUACACCAAUCGUAAUAUUCUCUGGAUCAAACCAUUUAUACAACGUCCUCGGGAUCAACAAGCUCAAAAUAUUCGCCGAACGCUCAUUCUACCAACUCCACUCUUUGAAUGUCACGAAGAAUUUAAACGAGUUAGUCAAGUUCUCAAUGAAGUAGACAAAAUUAAUGAGUUGCGACAGAUAGUUCAUCAAUGUAAUACGUCACAAACAUUAAAUUAUGCCUUUUUAUGUUGGUUUAUCCAAUAUUACUGUCGUUUUAUUCAGCCCAACACUGACGUUGACGGCACAUUUAUUCAACUUAUUCAACAUGAUUUGAGUCAUGAUUUAAUCCGUUCUUUCACACCAUUAGGACACAAAUUUCUUGUUUCUCUAUGCUCGAAUUUUUCGAACAAUUCUUAUUUUCGUCUUCAUCCUGAUAUGGCACAGAACGAAAUUCAUAAACGAUUAAUUGCCUUAAAUAUUGUCGCUGUAUUUAUAUCUUUUAAAUCAUUACCAGAAAUAACUUGUCUCGGAAAUAUUCUUUUUAAUAAUCAGCGACAGAUGCCUAAUAGUUACGUACAACAUCUUUCGACUCUUUGCUUACCGGGUAUGGCGGUUAGUGAUCCUGUCAUAACUCAAAUUAUGGACGUUCGUACACAAGUUCAAGAUCGUCUCAAUCGAGGCAUGAUUCAUGAUGGAGGAAAAUUUAUUUUUCAAUGUUCACGCGAAUGUCCUUGGAUGUUCUAUUUUCAGGAUUGUGGCAUUCCAAAUGAUCGAAAUUUAUGUACAUUAUGCAAAAAGCCAAUCGGUGCUGAACGAUACAAUGUUCUAAUUCAACGUGAUCCUCCUCAAAUCAAGAUGUCCAUUGCCGAAGGCUUCAAAGUCAUCGAUCAAUACAUCAAUAGCAAUGACUUUACUACACAUGGUCUAGUGAAUACAAAUCAAAAUGUUGUUCAACUGGAACAAAUGAUUGAACAGAAGAUCAUUUUUGUACAUAUCGAUUCAAUAACCAAUGAAAUUGCUGAAUAUAAGAAGGCUUAUGCACAGUUUAUUCGAGAACGUGAUUCGGAACCAUCGCUGGAUAGUUUCAUUGAUGAAUUAUUCGAAGACGAAAAACGAUUUCCUCUUUUAAAUUUUUUUAAUGUUACAACAUUUCAUACAUCAAAUCUACUGGAUGAAUUCAUUUUGAGAAUGCAAACACUUCCAUAUGUUGAAAAAUCUUAUCCGGUUACAACGUUUCUUCUCAAACGUUUCAACGAUUAUAUCAAUAUUCAACAUCUUUAUCCAAUUAUUAUCUUUACUAAUUAUCUCAUUGAGAAACUCAAUUAUCGGAUUAAAAGAAAUGAUGCAGCUGAAAAGAAAAUUAUUCAUUAUUUAACAACGGGCCAUGAUCAACAUAUAAUACAACAAUAUUAUGAAGAUUUUUUACAUGCUUGGUAUGCAUUAAAUUUAAAAGAAGUUCGCUAUGGAUGUCAAACGCCCAAAUUCGAAUUGACUGUUCCUAAAGAAAAAUUUGCUGAGAGUACUAGUAUUGCAACACUUUUAUUGAAUACAUCGAAAGAUGAAAGUAGUCUUCUUCUUGCUGCGUCUAUUAAAACGAUUGCUGAAUUACAAAAUGAAAUAGUUAACUAUUUUCAUAGUACAAUUGAGCAUGCUAUCAAUACAGAAACAAAACGAAAACAAGUACCGCUUCAAUCUAUUCGACUGGAGAAUAUUCUCCGUCUCGAUCGAAACGAAUUAAGUCAAAAGUUAGUCGAUGAUAGUCUUGUUCUGAACUAUCAGUAUGGUAAAAGUAAAGAUAUCAUCUAUGAUUAUGAAGAAAUCGAAAUGACACUUCGAAAUAUGAUCAGUUCUUUAGCAUUGAUUGAUACAGAUAAAUUGCGCUUUCUCAACUAUCAAUUUGAAUUGUAUGGUGAAAAUACAUCACUGAUUAAUGAUGUACGUGCUCGUAUCAAACAGCAACAAUUGCCAAACGAUGAACGAACUAAAUUACAUCGUCUUCUUGUAGGAAUGAAUAAUGAUGAUAUUCUUAAUUAUCUCGAGAAUGCGACAGAGACUACAACAAUUCAAGCAUUUGUUGAACAGCAUAUCCAUGCACAUGCUUGUUUAAAUGAUAAUAUUCUUCGUCGACCACCAUUUUCUACAAUUCAAUUACAACAUAUUAUUGAUUUAUAUGAAAUGAUUGAAGAAAAUGCCUUUGAUCAAGUCUUGCGUGCUUAUGUGAAAAAAGAACUUGUAGAAGAAACAUUUUCAGCUGAAGAACAACAACGUGUCUUAACUGUAUUUACUCGUAAGACAUUUGAAAAAGAAACAAUUGCUGAAACAUUGAAAAGCAUCGAUAGUUGGAUUUCGAUGCUCAAACGAUUAAUGAUUCGUGUAUUGAAUGCUAAUGUUAGUCUUGAUGUUCCACUUCAACUUUACCUUGAACGAACUGAUUUAUGGAGUGAUCGUGUGAGCGAUGUCGAUCUUGAAACUUUUCAAGUUGAUGAUGAUGUUCUUCUUCAACAUACCUAUAUCAUCCUACGAGGUUUAGAAAAGAAACAAGGUACAAAUAAUAAGUCAUCACAACAACAAAAAGUAUCAGAAAUUCAAAGUACAGAUGGGCAACGACAAAAAGUUCAAACAUGGUUCGAUUCAACAGCUAGAUCGACAACAGCUCCUAAAGUGAUUGUAGAUAAAAAAAGGAUUCGUGUGUGA